AUGACGAAAACGCAGAGCUCCUUUUCUGCCCCUCCGCAAGUCCUCACCUUCGACGGGCUCCUCUCCGAUUUUGACGGCACCAUCGUCGACUCGACAGACGCCAUCGUCAAGCACUGGCACAAAGUCGGCGCCGAACUAGGAGUCGACCCGAACGUCAUCCUGGCCACCUCGCACGGCCGCCGCAGCAUCGACACCAUUCAACUGUACGACCCGUCCAAAGCGAACUGGGACUACGUCAGCUACGUCGAAGGCCGCAUCCCAAAAGAUUUCGGCUCGGACGCCGUCGAGAUUCCCGGCGCGCGCUACCUCCUCUCCUCGCUGGACGAGGCCGGCGCCAAAUGGGGCGUGGUGACGUCGGGCACGCGCGCGCUGGUCGACGGCUGGCUGGCCGUGCUCAAUCUGACGCACCCGAAAAUGCUGGUCGUCGCCGAGGACGUGGAGCUCGGAAAGCCCGAUCCGCGCUGCUAUCUGCUCGGCCGCCAGCGGCUGGGGCUCGAGCACUCGUCUGCGCUGGUCGUGCUGGAGGAUGCGCCGUCGGGGAUUCGCGCGGGCAAGGCGGCCGGGUUUACGGUGCUUGCGCUGACGACGACGCAUUCGGUUGCGCAGCUUCAGGAGGCUGGAGCGGACUAUAUUGUGGAGGAUUUGCGGAGCGUCUCGGUUAAGGGCGUUGUUGAUGGGCGCUUGCAGCUGGAGGUGCGCAAUGCGUUCCGGUGA